AUGCAGCAGGCCUUUCAUAUCGCGUUUCCACGCUUGCGUAUACACCCUCUCGUCGGCUGCGCGAAUUCUCAAUCGUCAUGCCAGGGCCUGACUCAUGCACUCGGACGGUGGACCAAUCACUUUUUGCAAAAUCUACCCGAAGCCUUCCCAUCAGAUUUAGCAAAACCCUCGAAAGCCAAUCAGAAGCCCAUUACCAAGCUAGACGAAGUAUUUAAUGGGAAAAGUUACCGAUUCAAACCGGCUUCCACAGAACUGCUGCUGCGUCACGCCGACAUGUCGCCUCGAUUGCUCUUCCGUGUAAAACCCAUAAAGCCCGGUACAUCAAGGACUCGAAGUUCAACGCUACAGAUUAGAGCUGAGGCCAAGCAGGAGUUCUCCCAUCUGGCACCUGGUCGGAAUGACGACCACUUUAGCGCGCCUCGAGACAGCAUCAUUGCAAGGUUCAGCGACCUUGUCGGUGGGUCUGCGUCUACAGGAGGGACCAUUUGCACAACCUCAAGAAGACUGACCUCGCCCAGAGCAUCAUCCCAACAAGACAGGUUUCCUGCGUGGCAUCUCUGCGCAGCACACCACCAGCUCUUGUACAUCCUAACAAACUUGGACGAAGUUCCACUUGACUUUUGA